GCGCACUUAUUUGGGUACGACGUAUCUGGACGUUGCUAAAGGCGCGGUUGAGGUCUUUAUGAAGCUGCGUGCCCGAGACCCGGCUAGUAGAGGCGACAGGUACAUGCUAGUUACAUUCGAUGAUCCACCAUACGGAGUGAAGUCAGUGUUGGGCGGCUUCCCGGUGGCGAAAAACGGCAAUUUUUUGCUCCAAGUACCCGCAGACCCGGAGCAGCACUGCCUCCGACCAUCCAGCGGACAUUUUGCUUUUGUGUAAAGAAAGUCUCGGGCGUUGAGAUGGAGGCGGAGAGAUUUAUUAUCGCCUCUGACGUCACGUUUUUUUGAAAGUACAAUUUCUAGAUUGGUCAAGAUAUCCGCCAAUCAUGCUUUACUCCGCCCCCGACAUCAUCUACGAAUUACCAUUGGUCAAUCUGGGCUGAAAGUUGAUAAACCUUUUUCAUCAUGAGAUUUUUUUUAUUUUUAUGUGACUUCGCUAGAAAAAAAAGAUAAUUAUUCCAGCGAUAAUUAUUUGUCAUACCGACAUUACAAGCAGUAAGGCCCCAAUGCAAACUCUCUAGCUUUCAUACACAUAGGCAAAACUAAACAGUACACACAACCUCUAAAUCACUGCAAUAAUUUCAAAGGUUUCUUGUCACCAAAGCGAUCUUCACUACAAAUGUCCUAACUUAUUUUAUGACCUGGCACACAUAUCUCACUGAGUUUUUCAUGCCCAAUAAAAUGCAAUCCUGAGUGCCCACAUGAACCCUGAAGUCCCUGAUCUGCCUCAGUGGCUUGCCUAACUCUGUCUACAAACAACACUCUACUGCUGUCAACACAAUACGUAGAGUACUUGCUCUAUCCCAUGUCAUUAGUGCUUUAAGACAUAUAGAACAGGUUGAUUUCCUUAUGAAGUCUUCUGCUUGCAUGCCUCUCGAACAAAUUACAAAAUGCCAGAGCUAGAAGGUAAAUAAUUACUUCAUCUUUAAUUGUAUUUGCUGAUGUGAUGUACAGAGGCAUAUACUUUUAAAGUGUAGUGCAAGUCAAAAGGUACUUGUUAUGACAGUUAAUUCAAUUUCCUUUUUCAGUUUCUGUGUGCUUUUUUGCAUCACAAUCCAUCUCAUGAUAACUGAAUACAAGCUACACUGUAUAAUAUAAUAUUUCACACUCUUUGCCCAGACAUUAGGGAUGCCCUGCCAAUGAUCAUACAAGCAACAAAGAAAAUGGGAAAUAUUUGAAUAAUUAAACAUGUAUUAGGAGUGAGAAUAUAGGAUAAGUAUGUUGGAAAAAAUAGAGCUGGUAAAAUAAAUCAUUUUAUGCACUAUUCAGAGGCUCUGUCUUGCACAAUUAGUGAUACUAGAAUAUUUAGCUCACUAUGAGUUAUGUAUUAAAUUAUACAUUUGACUAGCCUGUUACUAAAUGUAAUUCUAGGGCUUCUUACAUUCUUACCUCGAUUGUGUUUUGAUAAACCUAUAUUAUUAUUUUAUUUAUUUAUUUAUUUUGCAAAUUAGCAAAUUUAUAUACCCAAAUUUUGAUAGAUAUUUAGAACUACUAUUUAUUAUACUUUUAAGAAUCAAUUCUACAAACCUUCUCAUUUUAUUAUGAUAGAGUUACAACACAUAUUUCAUUUUUAAAAUGUAUUUAUUUAUUUUUUCAGUUCACUAAUGAACAUUCUUGCUUGGUAUUAAUAUUUAAAACUAUGCAUGAGCAAAAUAAGGCUAACCCUGGCUCUGCUCAUUUUGAAUUCACUGCCCUGGCUCUUAAAACAUUAUUGUGUUACCAUAUCGUGGGCCUAUGUUUAAGACUGGGGUCAUGACAAAAUAAUACGUGUGGAUGCUGUUGUUCAUGUGAUGCUUCCUAUAUCAUUCAGUCAUUGACCUUGCAGUAUUCCAGUCCAGAUCCACUUCAUGCACCCCACUGAAAAUAGUCUUGUGUGUAACAUCAUAGCCAAAUAAUCCAGCCUCUCCUUGUCCCUCACCUAAAAUCAUCCAGGCAGGCUGGAAGGAGAACCAUGCCACCUUCAUGUGUGAGCUGAAGAACCUGCAGGCAUCUGGCCUGACUACCUUAGGUCAUGCUCUCCGCACAGCCUUUGACCUGCUUAACCUUAACCGCCUCGUCUCUGGCAUCGACAAUUAUGGACAGGGACGUAACCCUUUCUUCCUUGAGCCAUCUGUGAUCAUCACAAUCACUGAUGGGAACAAGCUUACACACAGCUCUGGGGUUCCAGAUGAGCUGCACCUGCCUCUGAACUCUCCGCUGGCAGGCAGUGAGCUGACCAAAGAGCCCUUUCGCUGGGACCAGCGUCUGUUUGCGUUGGUGCUUAGGCUGCCAGGAGCAUCCACGCCAGACAACGAGCAGCUUGGCAGCGUCCCCACAGAUGAGUCUGCUAUCACCCAGAUGUGUGAAGUCACUGGAGGGCGAUCAUACUGUGUGCGGACACAGAGGAUGUUGAAUCAGUGUCUGGAAUCUCUGGUCCAAAAGGUUCAAAGUGGUGUUGUCAUUAAUUUUGAGAAGACAGGCCCAGACCCACCUCUCAUUGGGGAAGACAACUCAGUGGAGCCAAGCCGUCCUGUGUCAUCCUUCAGCCCACAGCCAUGGCACAGUUGCCACAAACUCAUAUACGUUCGGCCGAACCCAAAGACUGGGGUACCAGUUGGGCAUUGGCCCAUACCAGAGUCCUUCUGGCCAGACCAGAAUUCUCCCACCCUGCCACCUCGCUCUGCACACCCUGUGGUGCGUUUUUCUUGUGUGGAUUGCGAGCCCAUGGUGAUCGACAAGCUUCCAUUUGACAAGUACGAACUGGAGCCAUCUCCGCUCACCCAGUACAUUCUGGAAAGAAAGUCUCCACACAUGUGCUGGCAGGUGUUUGUUAGCAGCAGUGCCAAGCAAAAUGACCUGGGGCAGCCAUUUGGAUACCUAAAAGCCAGCACCACUCUCACUUGUGUCAACCUAUUUGUCAUGCCUUACAACUACCCAGUCCUUCUCCCACUCCUCGAUGAUUUGUUUAAAGUGCACAAACUGAAACCAAACCUCAAGUGGCGGCAGGCUUUUGAGAUGUACCUGAAGACAAUGCCUCCAUACUACCUCUUGCCCUUAAAAAAGGCACUGAGGAUGAUGGGUGCACCUAAUCUUAUUGCAGACACCAUGGACUGUGGUCUAAGUUACAGUGUUAUCUCCUAUCUUAAGAAGCUCAGCCAGCAGGCUAAGAUGGAAUCAGAUCGUCUGAUUGUGUCUGUGGGGAAGAAAGCUCCUCAGGAAACCGGCAUAAAGGUGAAGAACCACUCCAGCUCUCUCUCUCUGGCCCACCGCCGGGACUUUAAGCAGUUGCUACAGGGAAUCACUGGGGAGGGGCCCCUUCGUGUGGUCGACAUCAACUUCAAAGAGUUCGCUGGCUUCCAGAUUGCCCUGCUCAACAAGGAUGUAAAACCUCAAGCUUAUCGAAAUGCCUACGACAUCCCGAGACGGAACCUUCUGGAUCAGCUCACUCGAAUGCGUUCUAAUUUGCUGCGGACGUCACAAAAACUGAUCCGAGGACAGGACGAAGACUAUUUGCACAGUAUUCCAGUGGCUCAGAUGGGAAACUAUCAGGAGUACCUAAAAAUGAUGCCAUCUCCGCUGAGGGAAAUUGACCCUGACCAACCAAAACGUCUGCACACAUUUGGGAAUCCUUUCAAGCAGGAUAAGAAGGGGAUGAUGAUUGAUGAGGCAGAUGAGUUUGUAGCAGGCCCUCAAAAUAAGAAAAGAGGAAAUUCCAGCGAUCCCAACUCAGGUGCUACAUUGAAGAGAAGGCGGAUUAUGUCUCCAUUACUGCGGCGACCACAGACUCCACCAGGGAGCCCCAACCAUGUGGUGGUGGGAAAGAGUCUGGUAGGGGUUCAGGGGCAGCAGAACCUCCUCAAACCCCUUCCACAGCACAAAGGGCUGGAUGGAAACAACGUCGUGGUCAGUGAGAGUAAUGGUUACAGCGUUCCUGGAUCUGAAUCAAGGGAGAGCUGGCCUGCUGAGCUGGACACUGUAGCAGGGAACCCAUCUUCACUGAACCUAGAGGACAAGGCCGGACUAGGGGCAGCAGAUCAAGGAGAGGACAUCAAUAUGACGGAGAAGAGACUAGAGGAAGACGAGCAGCCGCUGGAGGAGAAACACAGCUGUGAGGGACUGAGUCCACAGAGCCAGCUAGAGGGCUCUGAAGCCGACCCUGAGGUGCUUGAGACCAUAUUCAUAGCCCCACUAGAUGGCAGCCAAGCAGAGCUGAGGAGCCAAGUUAUCAAGGAGGUCCGCAAACCAGGACGAAACUAUGAUGCAAUACUCAGACUACUCCAGCAGGUCAAAGGACCAGUUAAUGUUCAAAAGUAUUUCAUCCAGCAUGCUAUCAAAGAGGCUGUCAGGUUCAAGAAGCGAGUGCUCAUCCAGCAGCUGGAGAUGGCCCUCGCUGAGGUGGAGGAGAAUCACACGACAUCCUUACUUUUUCCCAACGAUCAUACCAGUUAGUCAUGAGGCCAUCUUCACUUUAUAACCAAGAAAAGGAAAUGAAGCUCCUUUCCUCUGAAGUUCUGUUGGCCAAUGGAUUCACCAUACAAGAAGCAUCUUUGUUGAAUACCUAUAACAAGACAAAUGCACUGAAAACAGAUGCUCCCACUGUUUCUGUUCUGUUACAUCACAUCCUGUUAGCGGUGGAGGGUAAAGCGGUUUAACUGAGGGAGGGGCCCUCAGGACAGAUCCUUUCCAGAUUAGUUAAGAGACUUUGAGUAUAAUCCUCUUUAUAUUGACAGAUGCCUUAAACAUCCAUAUGGCUUUCGUCUGUAUCUGCACAUUCUUCAGUAGACACACAUCCACCCAGCCACCCACACACUCCAAUAGAUACGUAAUAAGCUGUUGGACCUUCAAAUGGCAGAGCAAGAGAUGAACGAAGUCAUUAUUGUCACUGUUAAUCUUUAAGCAGAUCUUUCUUCAGCUGGUCUGAAAAGUGUUUGCAAAACUGCAUCUACGAGUCACAACGUGGAUUCAUGUAGAUUUAUGGCUAAUUUGGUCCACCCGGGUACACCUCAUAUGCUUAGUGUUAUAUCUGCCUCAAGGAUGACGCACUGAUUUUUUUUUCCUUUUCCAAACUGGUACUCUUAUUUAAUAUUUUUCUAGCCAUAUCACCCCAUACUGAUAUGCAUUUACAAUAGGGGUAGGCGAUAUGUUUGAGUGAGUGUGUCUGUCAUUUUAUGUUGCAGUAUCAAUAUAUUGUGAUAUCAUGCCAAUUCUCCUGAAAUUCAGCUGAGAAAUGAUUGAAGGAUAAAAUGCCGUAGUGAAAAUGUUUAUUUUUGGAUAAUCCAGAUCAAAAAACCCCCAGAUAAAUCAAGGUACUACAUCACAUUGAUGCCAAAAUUCUGGACAUCCAACGUAUCCUACAUCAAAAGGGAUCGGUUCCUCAGUAUACAUGAUAUACCAAAAUCUCUUAUUUCUCUCAUCUCAUGCUGUGUAUUGUCAUAUCGCCCAACCCUAAUUAGCUUUUUUUCAGUCAUAAAGUCCAAAAAAUGAUUAGCCUUCACUCAUCUGUCUAAUGUCCAGAUUGGGACUGUUGGGUUCAUUGAUUUGUUUCCUGCCAUAACAGCAGCAGAGGUUCAGUGAAUGCAGCUGCUGGUAUCCAUUUUUCAUUUACAGUCCUCCUAAACACACACACACACACACUGUAUCCUAUAAAUCUUGCUUCACAGCACCACAAACACUCCACUGAUUCCCAUAAUCACAACUUUAUUUUGAGGAAUUUCUGCAUCUGUCUGUGCUCAGUUGACAGUCACCUGUUGUUGGUAAUUUGGCCUCUGCUGCUUUUCACAGAAUCCCAAUUUACCAAUCCUCCUUUGUUUCCGUUGUUUUUACGACAAAUGUACACUACUUUUUAAUGUUCAUAUGGAAUGGAGAUUAUUUUUGUGAAUUUGUUUAUUUCAGAGUAUAAAAAGAAGUAUUUUGAAUGAAAUGUUCACAGCCAAUUUUGUAAACUGUUAAAUACAUAUAUAAAAUGGAAAGUUUUAUGAACCUACUCUUUUUUAACAAAACAAAAAAUAAACCACAGGUAGGAAGGUA